AACAGAUGAAAAAUAAAGUGAAACAGGUUUCGAACGCAAAUCCGCAAAUUACGACCGAUUCUGGAGUCGCUGAUCAAGGAAAUCGAAUCGGUGGAUUGUCCCACGAUGCCAGGACCAAUGGAGAAUGCAACUAAAUGAGCUGACUCGAAGAUCAUCUGGCCGAGGAAUCGAAUUUUGCGAAUCAAUGAAGCAAGCGACGGUUUUCCUACUUAAGCUUACCUCCACCAUGCGAGCGUCUAGAACAAACUGCGUUGAGAGGAUCUGAAUCCGUAGGAUAAGGGCGGGCAGUUGAUUUCUGCAAUGGAUUUAGCCCUGUGCUGUAGGAGAACUUUCCUUUUAAUACGAAGUAAUAUUUAUUGCUAGAUACAUAUUUAUUUAUUUAAAAGUUUUGUUCAUAUUUGUGAGUCAUUUUUUCUGUAUGAACUUGGCAUUGAGGAUAGUAUUCGAAUAACUGCUUAAAGUACACUAGAAUUGCCCACGAUUACAAUGCCCGUUACGUUGUGCGUCGGAAAUCGUGGAAAUGAGUCCACUGGCCCCUCCUUGAGUGUGCAGGAUAGUGCAGUGAUCGUUUGCAAGGCAAAUCAGGAUCUUAAAAAUGUCGAAAACAUAAUACCCUUAGUAAACAGCGGUAGCCAAGAGGAUACCGGCAGGUCUGAUGGUGUGCAGCCUCAGUGCAAAAGUCUGGUGAAACCUUCCACGAUCACAAAUUUUCCCACCAGCCAUGGUAUGAUGUAUGGUUUGAGUAAGAAUAAGAAGGCUUUUGGCAGUAACAAUAGUAGCACCACUACCACCAGUACCCAUCGUAAAAAGCAAAGCCACCAGGAAGUUAUGCGCAAGUUGAAAGAUUUACAUUUUAACUUAGUACCGAGCGGCUUAGAUAGGUCAGACGAUAUAAUUGGAACGGAUAUAACUGAUAGUGCAGGCAAUAUGCCGAUCCCCUUUCCGACGCCAGAGCAAAAAAAAGAUUUCAACACUCAAAUGAGCAGUUGUUGCAAUGGCGUAGAGAGUAAGGGCGUGGUGAUAUGCGAGGAUAAGGAAACCCUCGCUAAAAAGAAAAGUUUGCAAGAGAGCAAAUGCGACCGCAACCGAGAAGAGGAGACCAACCGAUUGUUGCAGCAUCCUGGCCACUAUGCGACGAGUCGAAAAUCCGUCGAAGGAAUCAACGAGCAGCCAGCAAGCUUUGCGAACGGAGCGAAGGAACCGCUUUUGAGAGCGGCUGAAGCGGGCGGUGUAACGGAUGGAUGUACCAGGGAACGAACUGAUCCUGGCUUCACGCAUUCUGUUCAUAACUUCAUCGAGAGCUUAUCACAACGCUCAGCAACCGGUACUACGGCGACUGCAUCGGAAAGGAUACAAUCAUCGGAUGGGCAUACUACCCCGGCAGCAUUCGCGGCAUCAGACUCUCAACCUCAUACAUCGCAUGGAACACGAGGAAACCACCACAAAGCUCAUCAUCAUGGUAAGGGGGGAGGAUCAACAAAAUCCACCAACCAUAACAGUAACGGUCCCGCCACUGAACCGAUAUCGCAAUCGGUAUCCGGCGUCAAGAAAGCGAAUGAAGUCGAAAUGGCACAUUCGGGCAAAAUGCACUCACCGGCGUCUCAUGGUUUGGCCCAACAGAAGGAGACACAUCGAUCCGAUCAUUUCAAGGGUGCUAAGAACAUUCCAUCCAGUGCUUCUCAAAAUGCUCGUCCAAAUCCAACACAGCAUCAACCAUAUCUGCACCACUUGAGUGGCCAUCACAAACAUCAACCUUUGCUUCAGGAACCACAUCAUACAUUACUGCAGACGAAUGGAACACACCAAUAUUCUUUGGAUUUUCUGUGUGAUGUUGGUAUGAAAAUGUCUCUGGUUGGCGGUGGAAAUGUAUCGGGCUCGGUUGCCUCCAUGCUGCGCGGAUCUCAUCAUACGAACUACAAUUUUAGCCAACAAUUUCAGCAACCUCUGAUACAGCACCAUCAAUUACCGCCUCAGCACCACACCAUCGAACAAAGUCCGAGUCGAACGCAGUCUCAUCCGCAAAUGAUGCAGCAACAUCAACCGCACCAGCUCCAACAGUUGCAACAACAGCACCACCCACAGCAGCCGCAGCAGCAGCAGCAGCAGCAACCGCCUCACCAUCACCAACAGCAAUUGCAUUACCAUCACCGAGUGCAACAUGCAGCUUACAGAGGAGAAAAUCUUGUUUCCUCACAUGCUACUAUGGGGUUAACCGAUCAUGGAGCAUACGGUAACCAUGCGGCGAUCAGUAAUGGUGAUUUACAAAUCUUAAAUGGUUGCAACGGUAGUAACAGUGAGGUUGGCAGCAAUGUAAAAGAAUACGAGGCGACUUCCUAUGCGUAUGUGCAACAUGAAAACGAUCAGCAUGCCCACCAUUACCAGAAUCAUCAUCAGAGUCAUCAUCAUCCUCAUCACCAGCAGCAGCAACAGUUGCAUAACUACCAUCAUCAGAAUAAUAACUACCAGCACUACAACCGCAACAUCAACGGGCGAAGCAUAC